AUGGAGAACCCGACAUCAGAAGUGGAGCAUGUGCCCAAUGCCUUACUUAAUAGUGAAUGUGAGAGUGAAAAAUGGAAAAUGUUGUAUGAACAACAAAACAAACAAUUCUUGGAGUUGAUAAAAACGCUUAAAGCUCCAAAUAGUGACAGGAUACAGUUACCUAAGUUUGAUCCUGAUGGUGAUUCAAACGCACAUGCCUGGAUAUCUACGGCCGAUAUAGUCAUGGAAGGACACACAUUACAAGGUUCUGCAUUGAUGUUAUCGCUCACUCAAGCCUUGAAGGGACCAGCUGCUACAUGGUUAUCUCAAAGCAGCAAACCAAAGGAUGGCGACUGUUUGGCGUCGUAUGCAGCAGCGCUAGUCACUUCACUCAGUCUAAAACUAGAAAAAUUAACAACUGAACAAAUUGCUGUUUCAACUGCGUUGGCACAUAUUGCCCAAUUCGAGCCACGUAUUCACCGUCUUGCAUUUACCACCAAUAUUUCCACAAGGAAUCAGUUGACGCGGGAAUUGAAAGCAAUGCCACUAUUAAAGAGAAAAUUUACGCCAAUUAGAAAUGAACAUGAAGAAGGAUAUGAUUAUAUCAAAUGCUACAAUUGCGGUAAGAUUGGCCACAAGGCUUCAGCAUGUCGACUCAACUUUAAAACAUCAGCCCAGCAGAAUUCUUCAAGCAACAAGCCUCUAGAUAAGAAGUUAUCAACUCCGACUGCAACAAAUGUUAUCUGCUUUCGCUGUCGCGAAUCUGGUCACUAUGCGUCACGAUGUCCUACUAUAUCAAAAGGAAAAGAACUGAGUAGUAAAUCCAGUGGGUCCUCAGGUCGACGUGUAGAUAUAUGCUUAUUGAAGAUUCCUUCAGGUAGUUUGCGUCAGUCAGGUGAGCUCUAUAAAUUUUAUUAUGACUCUGGAGCAGAAUGCUCAUUAAUGAAAGAGUCAAUUAUUUCCAAAGUUUGUGGCAAACGAAUCAAUAAUGUCGUCACAAUGACUGACAUUGGACAAACGAGUGUAAAGAGCUCCUUACAAAUUUUAACGUUUGUAGAAAUUGAUAACGUAAAAUUACAAAUUCUAUUCGAUAUUUUACCUGAUAAUUUUUUGAAAUACAAUAUUAUGAUUGGUUGUGAAAUUUUGACACAAAGUAUAUGUGUGAAAAUGACUUUAAAAACUUUGCAGUUUUGCGAAAUAGAUAAUGCUGAAGUAAAUGUUUGCGAAAUUAAAAACGUUGACUUAGACUUUGAUGACAUUGAUACUGACAUUCCAGUUGAGCACAAAACGAAGUUGAUAGAAAUCUUGAAUAAAUUUAGAGACAAAUUCACAGAAAGCACUCCCUGUAGUUCUUCAAAUAUAGAACCCAUGAAAAUUCGUCUGAAAGAUCCAAACAAGACAGUUUGCAGACGACCUUACAGGAUGAGCCCUGAAGAGCGUAGAAUCGUUCGAAAUAAAGUUGACGAAUUGUUAAAAACAAAUGUAAUUCGACCUAGUUGUUCUCCAUUUUCAAGUCCUAUUUUGCUGAUCAAGAAAAAAGAUGGAUCGGACCGAAUGUGUGUUGAUUAUCGGGAAUUGAAUGAUAACACAGUUCCGGACAGAUUUCCAUUACCUUUAAUAUCCGAUCAGAUUAAUCGACUGCAUGGCUGUCACUAUUUUACUACUUUAGAUAUGGCAAGUGGAUAUCACCAAAUACCAGUUCAUUCUGACUCAAUUGAAAAGACCGCCUUCGUGACACCUGAGGAUAUGGCAAGUGGAUAUCACCAAAUACCAGUUCAUUCUGACUCAAUUGAAAAGACCGCCUUCGUGACACCUGAGGGUCAUUUUGAGUACCUUGCUAUGCCAUUUGGAUUACGCAAUGCUCCCGCAGUAUUCCAACGUAGUGUAAUGAAAGUUCUUGGAGAGCUUGUUAAUACUUAUGUUCUAGUAUACAUGGAUGAUAUCCUGGUUUUAGGAAAUGGNUGCUUUCGUGACACCUGA